GAAGUUUGGAAGCUCAUAGAGUGUCGCCACGAAAAAGCCCCGCUAUGUUUCCACGAAGUCCAAGGCCCGUGAACCUGGGUAGCAGGGCUCCCGCGCCGUACGAUGUUAGAACUCCCAUGAAUCUGGAUGCUUUAAGCCACAGCAGCAGGGCACCCUGUAACAAGCUGCAGUAUAAACAUGAGGAUCUCAAAACUGGACAGGAUACUGAAGAGACGGCAACCGAGAGAUUCGGUUCAUCAGAGACAUCUGGAGAAGAAAUCACGGAGCCGGUCGGUCCAGCCACUGAAAUGAACAAGCGCGAAGAUGACGGGAGUGAUGAUAUCCUUUCAGAAGUUGAAGAAUCAAACGCUCUUCAAGCCGUUGCUAUAGCUGCAGUCUGCCUUCUGAUACUGUUCGGGCUCAUAGUGUACUUCCAAGGCGGAUCAACAGGACGAAGGCACUCUGCUAUGGCUGUGGACGGCGAAAGUAAAGAGGGUAAGGUAACCUCAGCGCCCGGCUACAGGAAGGGACAUCUCCCAGGUCCAUACGCUGGAGCAAAGCCCCCACGGCGCAGGAGUGCAGUCGACAACAGGCGCUCCGACGACAACGAGAAAGGGGAAGCGUACACGAGGCGCACCACGGAAAGCGCACCCACUUCGUACGAAAAACCGACGGCCACUGACAGAUUACCGCUAGCAGUUACGAGAACAGUGCACGAAAUUCCUUCACUUGAGACGACCGCAACGACUACACGAGAUAUUACGAUGGUCCGAGCGUCGACAUCCACGUCCGACGACGAGAAGAUCACUCCCUCUGUAGACGACGAACCAACCCCACUGCUAUUACCGCCGAUAACUAAGAAGACUCGCCCUUUGGUCUGCGUCACCACUCAGCUGGGGAAGCGGUCCAGUUUUGCUGAAGACGGGCUUUGCGACUAUCUCGUCUUCCGUGACGUCACACUGGGUGAUGGAGAGUGGGUCUCAGCGACAAGCAGUGCUCAACUGCAUCCGUUUCUGGACCGAUCAUUGCGAUCGCUCAAGACCAUCCACCUGCUUUCCUUCCCGGCAAAUAUCCACCCUGAAGUGACAUCAUUUUUACGGACGAACGCGGUGUGCGUUCAAUUGUUCGGGAAAUAUUUGAUGAAGAAUAUCCGAGGCUACGGCUUCGCUUCUGUCGAUGUUGACACCAAUAGGUUUCUGAAGGAUGCGCCGAAUUAUCGGAACGUCAUGAAGGAGCUCCAUAAGACAAUGUUGUCUGCAACUUCCACCGGUGGAAUUACCCUUCUGGGCUUACUCCUAAGAGGCAAAAGAAAUGCCAAAGUGUUUGGCGCUCUCAAGGAGAUGACAAAGCACACUGAUAUCUUCAUAGCCAUCUCUCAUACUCCACUUCCAGUAAAGAACUCAAAUUGCCUAGUACGACCUAUCACAAGUUGGUCGUCUGAGCAUCUGAAUGACGUCACAGUGCAAACUUUGUCAUCCGCCCUAGGCUUACUGAAGGGCAACAGCAACAGAAAUUCUACAACAUUUGCGUUAUCAUCAUCCUUGGGUGUUCUGAAGUUCAAGACCCAUCCAGAAAGUGACCGAGGCAUAGAAGGCAUCUGGAACGUUCGAUGCACGGAAAUGGUUCUGGAAGCAUUUCAGAAUGAAUGCACUGUCCGUACAACCGUCGGUGGCAUCGGCACCAACGACCACAUUGUCUACGACUUCGACAAACGCAAUCGAAUCUGGCGGUCGUACGAGACGGUUGACAGUCUCCGCACCAAGAUUGAAAAGGUGUUUGACGACCUUCACCCUAAUCGAGAGGAUCUCUUCGGCUGGGCCUUGUACGACGUGGAUCUGGAGGACCAGAAAGGUGUAUGUAAUGCCGUCAUGUCCGGCAAGUAUCAGGGAAACCCAAACAACCGGCUCAUGUGGGUCAAGGAGUUUCUUCUCGACAAGAAAAGUCUUGGAACAAAUUAAUUCCUUUCUAGACAUAAAAUAGUUUACU